AUGAAACUCAGUUUCCUCAUUCUAGGAGUGACUGCUCUAGCAUGCCUGCAGGUUUCAUUGGCAGAAAGUGACACCUGCAAUGGUAGAAGCAAAUGCUCGUCGUGUCAAUGCUCUGCUUUAGAGAUAUGCGGAAAACCGAUCUUUUCUGAGGACGAGCCAUCUCGAUUUCCUGACCAGCAGGUGUCUUCAUGCAUGAACUGCACGUGGGUGUUAACUGUUGUUGCAAGCAAGCGAGUCAGACUUACGUUCUCAAAAUUUGUUCUUGGAUCUGGAGACAAAGUUCAAAUUUAUAAUGGUACUUCAAAGAAGUCUCCACUCAUUGUUAGCUGCAGAGAAGGCGACAGUCCGACAGAUGUUGUAUCAUCCGGGAGUUCAAUGACGGUAAACGUUAUAACAGAUCGUUGUGGGCAGAAUCCUUUGAUAAGCGCAUCUUUUAAAGCUACUGGUAAUUGCAAAACUGCUGAUUGUGGAAAUCUGUUUUAUACGAACCCAGGUAAGGGAAAAUCAGAGCAGAUUCAGUCUCCUAACUUUCCAAAAAAGUAUCCGAACAAAUUGGACUGCAUAUGGAUGUUCGUCAGCAGUGCGAAUUUACUACUAUCAGCACGUGUCAACAUCGAGGUUGUCGGUACUGCAGAAUCAGGAGACAAACUGAUCAUUCAGAAAUCUUUGGAAGCGUCUAGAUCGGACCGCCAAGUACAUAAGUACUAUGGAAAGACUAAAAGAAACAAAUCCUUAACAUUUAGAAACACACCUGGACUUACAAUCGAAUUUUAUUCUAAUCGACGAAACCGGGGGAAAGGAUUUUCACUAAACGUUGCUGCUCUUGCACAAGGUCUUCAUUGUCCUAUUCCAAAGAGUUUCAAAAAUGGUUUUGUGAGUCUAAUAAAUUUUGGUAGGACUGCCAAAUAUGCUUGUUGUGAUGGGUUUAAACUCUACGGAAGUAAUAAGCGAUCUUGCUCUGACAGAAGAUGGACGCCAUCAAACACUCCUACAUGCAAAUCUGUGAGUUCCUGCACUUUGCCAUUGAAUAUGAAAGUUUCAAAUGCAUCUACCAAUGUGGCAAUCGGAGAAGAAGUGAGUCUCUACUGUACACAAGGAUAUAAGCUUUCGAAUUCGCUCAAAUUAUUGCCAGCGUUGUGCGAUUGCAAUGGCAAGUGGAACAUAACUACUAACCCAUCACAAUGUGAAGACUAUUUCUGUACCUCUCCACCUCCGCCUCCUACUCCAAGAGGAGUGACAUCGUUUAAAGAUGACGAGAACAGAGCAACGUUUCUCGUCGGAUCAAGAGUGAAUUACACGUGUCCAGAAGGGUAUAACUUGGAUGGCAUUCCUUAUCGCGUUUGCACUAAAGAUCUCGAUUGGAAGCCACACUCUACAGAGCACAAUUGUCACAAAAAUCUUCACGUUUGUCCGGAUCCUGGAAAACCGGAGAAUGGAAUACGUAGAAUAAAGUCGUUUGCGGAAGGGCGUCUUGCUUCAUUUGGCUGUAAACCUGGCUUUACAUAUUAUGGAACAGACUUGCGUACUUGUAUGGUUGAUAAGCAAAACAACACGUUUUGGAAUGGCAAGGAAGGUUACUGUGAAAGCGACUUCAAGUCUCCAUUGGGUUUAGCAUUUCAACUAAAAGAAACAUUUACUGACCGUGUGGGAGCCUGCGUUAUUGACAAUCAUCCUUCCGCUUCAACUGUUCAAAGCCCAACUGCUUCCGCUUCAACUGUUCAAAGCCCAACUGCUUCCGCUUCAACUGUUCAAAGCCCAACUGCUUCCGCUUCAACUGUUCAAAGCCCAACUGCUUGCGCUUCAACUGUUCAAAGCCCAACUGCUUUCGCAUCAACUGUUGAAACAAAUUUGCCCACCGAGACUGACAAUAAACUUCCUGCGUCACCAGAUUGCAGAGGCCGUACAGUGGUUGUUGGAGAAGGAUGCAUUGAUCUAAUAUAUAUAGCAGAUUGCUCAAAAAGCGUAGGCGAAGAAAACUUCAAUGACAGUCUGGACUUCGUGGGUCGCUCAGCAGCUCUGUUUAAUAUCAACAACAAUGCUACUAGAAAUGAUACUGCGAGAGUAGCUCUCAUCACAUACGAUAACAGAGUGCAUCCCAUAUUUAAUCUGGGAGAAAAGGCAACUCUAGUUGAAACGAUUAACGCAAUAAACAAGACUAAGUUUUGUGGAGGUGCAACAGCAGUAAGGAAAGUAUUGAAAUUCGUUAGAGAAAAAGUGCUUCCAAUAAGUAGACCACAAUGUAAAAAAGCCAUAUUUCUGUUUUCUGGCGGUGUAAACAAUUGGGCAGGAGACCCAAUAAAAGAAGCAAACGAACUAAAGAAAGAGAAAGGAAUAGAAAUUUACACUAUAGCCUUUGGAGUUGGGCAGCAAGGUAAAAGAAUUGACUCGAAAGCACUGGAAACGCUCGCGUCCAAUCCCGAUUAUCAUUUUAAAGUGAGAAACGCAUCUAACCUAGGAUUUGCAUUGAGAAAAGCAUUUACAACUAAUGUUGACUUUUGCAAAACGUGUGGUAGAGCUGUCGCUCCAGCAUGUAGAAACAAACACCAUCACGUGUGUCUUUCGGAAACAGGUGCGUGGCCUUGGGUGGUUGCCAUCUACAGGAUUGAACGAGGCAAUCCCGUUUUUCACUGCGGAGGCGCGUUGAUUAGCGAACGUAUGAUUUUGUCUGCAGCUCACUGCUUCUUUGCUCACAACAUUGAGAAGUUCUUAGUUGUUGUCGGUGACACGCAGAGGUUUGUAAAAGAAUUUAGCGAGAAAACAUUCAUUCUUAGAAAAAUUUUCAUAUAUCCGCACUAUGAUCCAAUCUCAUUUAGUGGAGACAUCGCUCUGCUACAGUUGCAUUGCUAUGUCAAAUGCUCUCCAUACGUACGAAAAGUUUGUUUGCCAACUCAACAGGACAACAUCUAUUACCAACCGGGGACCCAGUGUAUAGUAGCAGGAUGGAUAGUUACAGAUAGGAGAGAACUAGGUGGAUAUUCAAGCGCAAAAUCGACAUCCAUGAAAGAACUUCAUCUUCCCAUUGCAGACAAAAGCAUUUGCAUAAACAGCACUUCGCCUCAAUUUCAAAAAGAUAUCACAAAUUAUACAGUUUGCGCUGGAGACGGUACUGGCAACAAUGACACUUGUGUUGGUAAUUCAGGAGGUCCUCUCUUUUGUAAACGCAAUAAGCAAAAGGAAAGCGAAGAUGACAGUUACGUUGUCGUAGGAAUAGUCAGUUGGGGAGAAGGGUGUGGACAGCCCAGGAAGUACGGCAUAUUUACACAUGUGCUGAAUCUGAUGGAUUGGAUCAAAUGGGUGAUGGACACAAACAAAUGUCCGCUGGCACCGGAUGACACAAAAGAGACAGACCUGUGUCCGGAACCUCCAAUCAAACUGUACUAAGUGUAGUGCUCGUUUGCUAAAGAACUGACAGUAGUGUUGGACGCUUUGCGAUUAGUUUAGAGUUGACGUAGAAAGAGUCUGCAGUUUCGUGAUGCAGAUCUGUGUCUUUGUGCAGCGGUAGUGGUGCUUGAAAUUGCGUUAGAAAUGUUGUUCUGACGCCAAGGUAGUUUAGACAUUAGCAGCUGUACAACAAACGUGGCUAAUAUAUUUAGCAAUAAAAUUUCAUAUGUAAU